GUACAGACUUGUCCCUGCAUGGAAAGCAAAGUGUCCUGUCCUUCCUAGGGCAGCUGUGGAGCCCCCAGAGCCUUGAGGGACACCAGGUUUUGUCCCGUGGUGGCUUUGCCCCUCGUGUCUGAAGGACACAGGUCCAGCACAGCUGCGAGCUAAAUUCCUGCACACCGAGCACGAGCUGAGGGAGCCCAAGACAGUGAGCUAGGCCGACAUGAAGGUGGAAAUCCUGCCAGCCCUCACUGACAACUACAUGUACCUCCUCAUCGACCAGGACACCAGGGAGGCUGCCAUCGUUGACCCCGUGCAGCCCCAGAAGGUUUUGGAUGCAGUCAAAAAGCACGGCGUGAAGCUGACCACUGUCCUGACCACCCACCACCACUGGGACCACGCUGGAGGCAACGAGAAGCUGGUGAAGCUGGAGCCGGGGCUGCGCGUGUGCGGGGGGGACAGCAGGGUGGGGGCCCUGACGCAGAGAGUGUCCCACCUGACAGCUCUGCAGGUGGGAUCUCUGAGUGUGAAAUGCCUCAGUACGCCGUGUCACACCUCGGGACACAUCUGUUAUUAUGUGACUAAGCCAAAUAGCUCCGAGCCACCUGCAGUUUUUACAGGUGACACCCUGUUCGUGGCUGGCUGCGGGAAGUUCUUCGAGGGCACCCCGGAGGAGAUGUACAAGGCACUGAUUGAGAUUUUGGGCAGCCUGGACCCCAAAACGAGGGUUUACUGUGGCCACGAGUACACCAUCAACAACCUCAAGUUUGCUCGGCACGUGGAGCCCGGCAACCCCAGCAUCCAGGAGAAGCUGGCCUGGGCCAAGGCCCGCUACGACAGUGGGGAGCCCACCAUCCCCUCCACCCUCGCCGAGGAGUUCACCUACAACCCCUUCAUGCGAGUGAGGGAGAAGUCAGUCCAGGACCACGCUGGGGAGAGCGACCCUGUGCGGGCCAUGGGGGCCAUCAGGAGGGAGAAGGACAACUUCAGGGUGCCCAGGGACUGAGCCCUGCCUGCAUCGCUUCAGUCUUCACUUUAAUGUCACUUCAAGUGUCACUUAGACCAUUCAGAUGUUCUAGCAGUCAAAUCUGUUGUGGUUGAGACAAGUUUUAUUUAGUUUUUUUUUGUUUUAAUUAAUGAAAAAACAAAGCACUUUGCCCUUGUUGAGAUGUUCUACAGCAUAUUUAUAUUAUGAUGAAGAAUAUUUAUCCUCCUCUUGCUGUCAAGCUGUUGUGUCACCUGCAGAUUGUUGUGUGAGUGUUGGGCAGGAUCACACCUGGAGGUUUAGGAAGGAGCUCCUGUCAUUUCUCUGGGAGCCUGCUGUGCUUGCAGAAGGUGGGGCUGAGGUGCCUUUGGGUGAAGGUGGGGCUGAGGUGCCUUUGGGUGAAGGGUGGGACUGAGAUCUUUGUGUGAAGCAGAGACCAAACACAGGAGCUGGAAUGUUAAAGUUUCCUCCAUGCUGCUCCUUCAGCAUUCUGGGUGUCCUCCUGGCUCCUCUAAAACCAGUUCCAGGGACAGAGCUGCUGUGGCAGUGCUGUCCCAGGGUGUCACCUGGGAGCUCCAGGGGCUGGCCUGGCUCUGGGGGUGGCUCUGGGGCUGUCCAGCUGCUCCCUUGUCCCUGGCGUUGCUGUGUUUGCACCCUUUGAGUGUUGCAUGGACCUGCUCCCCGCUGUGCCCUGUGCCAGCCCCCAGACCAGCCUGGCUCCGUGUGCAGGACCAGCCACUCUGCUGAGUGAUGUCCCCCGAGUGUGGUGACACAACGGAGCGCUUGUGACCUGUCCCCAGGUGAGCAGGGAUGUGGGGUGGCACCAGGUCUCCAUUUGCUUUAAAAUGCUGAAUUUGGUGUGGCUGUCCUGGUGGGGGUGACUGCCCUGAGGGCUGCGCAGAGGGGAAAUAAAGAAGCAGAGCUCCUUAACUCA